AUGUCCCGCCUUCCGUUCGACCGAUUCACGCUCACGUUCCAAGGGCAAGUUGAAGGCGAGUCCCUCCCCAUCGACCCGCGGCAGUUCCAGGCAGUGAGUUUCCUCAUGGCAGAGCGGAAGGACGGCGAGUUCAGGAUGGAGCUGGAGUGGGUCAAGGCCAUCAACACGCGUCUGCGAAAGGGCGCGCGCUACACCGGCCUCGUCCACGACCAAGACUAG